AUGACUAAUGCUGCUCGGGAUCUCAUUCGUAUGACCGGAGUUUGUCGAUCUUGUAUAUCGGAACCAAUCUUCGAUGUGUUGUAUUUGCCAGAGAUACAAGGAACGAGAUGUUGGGGCAGUCCUUUCAGUUGGUUGGUAACAUAUGCUCUUGAUUUCGAAACUAGACCGUUUAAUCCAUUUUCCAGAACUAGAAUUCCCCUUCCUUCACUAAGUACUAUAGCCGAAGAAGAAGAUUGCUCACCUGGAGAAUUAUUUGAGUACUCUUUACGCAAACUUAUAUUAUGUACAAGUCCUGAAGAGUCUGAUUGUAUAGUUUUAGCAAAUACUUCGGAUGGUUGGUUCUUUGCAAAGCCAAGUGAUGAAGCAUGGACUCUUAUUGGUCUUAGUGAUCAUAACGAUUUAGAUGAUGCCAUUUAUUUCGAGGGUAAUUUUUAUGGCCGUCUACACACUGGUGAGAUUGUUUUUUGGGAAGCAACUCAUCCAAAAGUCGUACGAUUUGCCCCACCACCUCCUGAUCUGCGAUAUUUUUAUCCAGGCAUCAUCAUUAAUUAUCUAUUUGAUUUGGGUGGAAAGCUUUGUAUCGCAUGUCGCCAUGUCGAUACUUAUUAUGUAACAGUUGGAUUUGUGAUUUUCAAACUAGACAUGGACACGAAGAGUUGGGAGAAGAUUUAUUCAUUAGGUGAUAGGUCUUUGUUCUUGGGAAAUUGCUCCACUUCCGCCAUUGCCGCUGCUCAUUAUCCCGGUUGCAAGCCUAAUUGCAUUUACUUCUCAGAUGACAGUCCGUUGUUGGGUCCAACCACACCCUUAGAUGUGGGCAUCUAUGAUUGUCAAAACUUGAAAUUAGAAAAACAGAGAGAAAUAGUGAUUUUCGUGUCCGAAUGA